AUUGCCUCAGACGCAGCUCUCACAUCUGAAAACCCUUUCUACAUUAAGAGAAUGACUGUUUGCUUUAGGCUGGGGAAUGAACCAGGAACCCUGGUGGCUGGAUCUGGGAAUCAAAUGGUCUGAAGAAGCCAUGGGAAGCUGUUUUAGCUGUCCAGAUAAAGAAUCAAUCCCUGACAAUCACCAGAGCAAAUUUAAGGUGGUGAAUGUGGAUGAUGACGGGAACGAGCUGGGAGCAGGAAUCAUGGAGCUGACGGAGGACGAGCUGGUCCUUCGCACGCGCAAAUGUGAUGCUGUCAAGUGGCCUUACCUGUGCCUGCGACGCUAUGGCUACGACUCCAAUCUCUUUUCGUUUGAGAGCGGCCGCCGCUGCCAGACCGGUCAAGGGAUAUUUGCCUUCAAGUGUUCACGUGCUGAAGAGAUCUUCAACAUGCUGCAGGACAUCAUGCAUAACAACAGCAUCAGCGUGGUGGAGGAGCCGGUGUUCGAGCCCACGCUCACUCAAGCUGAACCAGAUCCUCCUCUCACACCACACACACCAACCACUCCUGGCAGCAUGCUCCCUGCUCUCCCGAACGGCAGCUUACGGUACCCUUCUCUUGGCGACGCUCCCUCUCACACCUCCAGCCGGCAUCCGUCUGUCGGGAGCUCAUGUCUGCCUUCACUGGGCGAGGAGUCCACACACCCUUUGUUAGCUGCGGAGGAGGCUGUAAGGGGUCACACAUAUGUGAACACCAGCGGUCUGCUGGAUCAGCACAGCCCCAGUGUUUCAGAUGCUCCGGCAGAACUGAACGCCUCCUCGCCCGACGGAGAGGAAACCGUCUCUCAGGAGGCUCCGGAUCCGGGCCCUCGAGUGCAGCUGGAGCCAGAAGGCGUGCGCUUCAUCCUGGGCCCGACGCCAGUGCAGAGGCAGCGGCAAAAAGAAGCAAACCAGAGCACAGUAGCCGAAGGAGCAACAAACGGCAGCAUCGUUUCACAGCCUAAAAACACAGACGCAGAAAUCACUAAACCUAACGAACCCUCUCCUGAAGUGUCCGCACUCACCCGCCGUCGCUCUCGUCCUCCGCCUCUCACUCCUGACGUUAACGCUAAUAACUCUGCUCAGCGGAGAACCGCUUUGCUAGACUAUGAAAAUCUCCCGGCUCUCCCGCCGUUAAGGGAACACCCGAAAGGCGGCUCCGAGGACGAGGAUCAGCCAAUAAAUGGCUUCCACAACCACCGGCAGUACAGUCCCGACCCCACUCACUACUACAUCAACACCGAAAACGUGACGGCGCCGCUUAGCGCUAAUAAAGUGGAGUCGGCCCGCUGGCGGGACCGAUCCACACCAACGUUUUUCAACUUCGACUUCCGCCGGCCGUGCCUAGAGUCACACAGACUGAACUACAUCGAGGUGGAGACCGAAACGGAGAACUCCAGCAACCCUCAGACCCCAAAAACGCCCACUUCUCCGCUGCCGCAAACGCCCACCCGCCGGACGGAGCUGUACGCGGUCAUCGACGUGGAGCGAACGGCUGCCAUGUCCAACCUGCAGAAAGCACUGCCCCGUUACGACGGCACCUCCAGAAAAACUCGCCACAACAGUGUUGAUCUGCCCAUGUGAGACACUCCUGUUUGCCCAAAUUCGUUCGUACAAUUCAGAUUUGGUCGUAACAUUCAUGUAGUCGAAAAAAAAAAGAGUGAGACGUCGAGAGAAUUUUACCCGCUCGCCCAUAUACCUUCAUUUUUAUUCCUAUGGUAAUAUACUACUACUAUUCUUACACUCGUUUUUUCAGUGCCUGUUUAUUAUGUUAAUAACAAUGGUUGGACGACAUUCCCGCGGGUCCAUUCCGUAUACGGUACAAAUCAGUAUUACUGAUCGUAUGUUUUGUUUUCUUUAUUUACCCUUUAUCAAGUUGACUAAGUUGUUUUUUUUUUAAAUCUGUAUCUAAAGAUAACUACACACACUACGUUUUGAUUUUGUUUGUUUUGUUUUUUGGCUUCGUAUAGUAGAUUUCAAUACUUGGCACAAUAAAAGUCUAUUUUGUUUGA